AUGGUUCUUGUGGAUGUCUCCAUAGCGGAUCCACAGCGGGAGGGGAACGUGCAGCUGGGACGGGCGACCCCCACACAGAUUGGAGUGGCAGCAGCUAGGCGGGUGCAGGAGAAGCUGCGUCACUGGGGGCCGCACUUAGAGGGGUUGCAGCCGGCACCACACUUUUACGCGUGCGUGGCUGAGACCUUUGGCCUACUGAGCGAGCCGUUGCGUCAGUUCCUGGGGCUCUGCGCGAAGAGGAUAGCACAGCGGAGGAGGGAUUGGGGAGGAGGGGAUGACGGAUCAGCACGGAUAUUUGAGACAGGACUCACUACACGUCUCUCCGUGGCACUGCAGCGCGCGCAGGCUCGAUGCAUCUUACAGCAUGCGGUGCGGCAGUUGGGGGGAUCCGACGACGGAUGGAUGCCCGCACCCGUCCCACUGGAGCUCUGGUGCAGGCUGCACAUGUCUUACCUUGCUCAGCCCAUUGUCGGUGCGACUGGGGAAGUCGGUCUUGAGCUUCCCCACCGCCCUCCGCGCACCUGCAAUCCCUCCGUCUCCGCGGAGCCGCGCGAGCCGUCAGGAGCAGCCUCAGAUUGUUUCCCCUCUCCCCGCGACCGCGCGUCUCCCGCGGACGUUGUUCCGCCGCUUCCUGGUCAGCUCCACCGCCACGAGUCCGCGCCGUCCGCGCUUUCCGCCUCCGCCUGGUCCGCUCCGCGCGGAUUCCUCCGCCGCGACGCCGCGGAUUUGCGCUGGCAGCAACCCCGCUGGUGGAACGCGCUGACUGCGCUGACCGCGCGUAUCCGCUUAUCCGCUUUCGCGCGGGAUCUGGCGGAAGGGGAAGCGGAGGAAUCUGAGCAGGAGUUGGGUGCGGUGAAGAUGGGUGAACCGUGGGAUUGGCGGAAGGAAUUCGAGGAGGAGGAGCUAGCUUCGCAGCAAGUCGCGGGGGGAUCCGCGCUGCUGGGGCUCGGAUUAGGCGGACUUACUGGCGCAAUUGGCGGAAGCGGCGGAAUCGGCGGAGCUAGCGGUCCCCCCGGGCGGAGAAAGUCGUCGUGGCGGGACUUGGCGGAAGCUUUGGCGGAGGCGUCGCGGAAGGUGCAGGAGGAGGUGCGGGAGUUCCGCAGCAGGGGCGGGGCGGCGGGGGAUUUCUUCCGCGUGGGCAGCUGGCUCGCGCUCGCGGGGGCGGGCGGCGGAGAGGCGGACGAAUGGGUGAAGCGCAUGGGAAGCCAGGCAGCAGUGGUGGCGCUGCUGAAAGCGUCUAUGGAGCUCAUCACUCGCACCGUCACCACUGCUCCCCCUGCUACAGCUGAUACAGCCGCUACAGCUGCUACAGAAACCGGUAGAGCGUCAGACACUCAUGCUACAGCACCUGGGACCGCUUCCGGGACCGUUCCUGCUACAACACACCUCACCCGCCGCAGGAGCAGCAGCAGCUGCAGCAGCAGCUACAGCAGCGGCGGCUGUAGCGAGGACGGGGAGGAGGAGUGGGAGGCGGAGGAGGAGGAGGGGGAGGGGGGCCGGGAGAUGGGGAGAGUGAGGGAGAUGGCGGGGGAGGGGGAAGGGCAGAGCAGAGCGGAGGGCGGGGAGACAGAGGGGCAGAGCAGGGCGGGCGGCAGGGGGGGCGGCAGAGAGGCCAAUGCGGGCGGCAGAGGGGCCGAUUCGGGCGGCAGUGAUGCGUCCACGUGGGUGCUAUUCAGCCUGGCGCGUCUAUGCGAGCCUCUAGAGAGUUUCAUGCGCUAUGAGUUGGCACAGCAGAAGGAGCGCGAAGGGAGGGAGCAGCAGGCUGGGGGGGGAGAGGCGGAUGGUGGGGGAAUGGACGGGUGGUUCUGGGGGAGGGCGUAUCCGGGGACGUUUGAGGCGCUGCUUACGAUGCUCACGCUGCUGCAUCGCUAUGCCAUCACUGCUGCUAUCCAGGACGUGCAGCUAUCCGCUAAAGCCUCUGGGCUGGACGACGGGCUACCCCACCCUCCUCAUGCCGCUCUCUCACCCACCGCCACGUCAGCAUCCCUGACGCCACGUGGCACAUCGGCAGCUGCCCACGUGGCAGGCGCCGCCAGGCUGGCGGACAGUGACAUGGCGCUGUUCCUGCUGCUGUUCCAGAUCAUCGGUGCCGUGCGCUUCUUCGCUCCCCCUGAGGCUGUUGGAUGCGCCGCCUUCUCAGUGUUGCUGGAAGACCAGUUGCGACACCUGUUUGACCACCUACUAAGAGCAGCCGACAUCGAUGACGUGUACCGUCACGCAGUGAGAGCGGGGCUGCGCGCCGAGUUCCUCUCGCACUUCGGGCAGCGCGCGGGCGGGCACCUGAACUUUCGCGUGCUGCCCGGCGAGCGCCGCUUCUGGGUGCAGCUGGUGGAGCGGCAGCUGCGGGCAGCUUUGGUUCGGGAGAAAAUUUUCGAGGAGUGGGGGGAGGGGGAGGGGGAGUGGGGAGGCGGGGGGGAGGGGGGAGGCGAGAGCUUGAAAGCUGAGCUGGCGGUUUUUGGAUUCUUUGUGGCUCUUGGGCGGGCGACACGGCUGUUCCUCCAAUCGGAGGGCGCCAGCGAGGCGGAUGAGGGGCUGGCAACAUUGCUGACUCUCUUCAAGUCUCGCCCCUCCCAGUCUCUUCAAGUCUCGCCCCUCCCAGUCUCUUCAAGUCGAGCCCCUCCCAGUCUCUUCAAGUCGAGCCCACUGUUUGGUAGCAAGCAGGGCCCUCGCUCGCUUCCCCUCUUCCGUUCUCCCCCCCUCCUAUCCCCCUUCCUGGUCUUUGAUCAAUCAUCUUCACCUUCCCAUGACUUUCUCUGUGCCCAAUCCCAUCCCUACCUCCUCCCCACCCGCCGUUCCCGUCUAAGGGCACAAUCACCUUGCUUUCCCUCAACUCUCCACCCAUCUCCCCCCUCCUUCCCCUCCUUCCCAUCCCCCCAUCUCCCCACCGCCCCCAGCCACUUCGAGGGCGCAAUCAUAUUCACCUUCCCCCAGCUGGACAACAUAUCCAUGUACCAGGGGCUCGUGGAGGUCCUGAGAGAAGAGCUCGCCUGGUUGCCGCUCCUCCCGCCCCUCUCCUCCAAGCGCCACCCUGACCUCGACCCCUCCUCCCUCUCGCCGCGCUCGGCGCAGCGGCAGCGGCACCGGCAGCGGAGGAGGCGGCGCAGACUGGUGGGUAAGGAGGUGUGCGGCAUGUGGGCGAGGGAUUGGGAGCGGCACUCGAGCUGGCUGCUGCAGCAGCCUGACUCGCGAGCUGCUGCUUUCAUGGCCCAGGGCAUGGUUCUUCUGGGGCUGUGCCUGGAGCCAUCAAGCAAGCACCAAGUGGCUGCAGAAGUACCAGGCGUGCUGGUCCCCUCUUCUGACUCUGAUUCUUCCAACGAGGCCGAGAGGCGGUUAGAGGGGUCGAGAGCGGUGGAGAUGGGCGAGAUGGAGGAGGUGGAGAGGGAGGCGAGGGAGAGGGAGGAGGCGCGGAGGCGGCUGGAGAAGGAACUGAGGGGGCUCAAGGUCAUGGAGAGGGAACUGAAGGCGCUGAACCAGGACUUUCUGUCGGGAGGAGGAGAUACAUCUGGGCCUACAGCAGCAGAGAAACACGCAGCACACUUGGUAGCAGCAGGGGCAGGUGGAGGCAAAGGGAAGGCAGCAGGGGCGGGGACGAGUGAGCGACUGGCGUUGGUGCGAGUGGAAUGGGAGAGGCUGGUGCGGGUGAGGGAGGAAAUUCGCGCUCUGGAGAGACGGCUGAAGAUGAAAGCAGCUGUUCAGGAAGAGAGGGUGCGACGGCAGCAGGAGGAGGUGGGGGAGAAGGUGAGCCGGCAGAGGAGGCAGGCAGCAGCACGUGAGAUGGAGGAGCGGAUGGAGCAGCAGCAGCAGCAGCAGCAGCAGCAGCAGCAGCAGCAGCAGCAGCAGCAGCAGCAGCAGCAGCAGCAGCAGCAGCAGCAGCAGCACCAGCAGCACCACCACGGACACCACAGCCACUAUCGCCUCUAUAGUUGCACUGCCGCUCCCGUCGCCACUGAUACUGCCCCUGCCGCCCCUGCCGCCCGCACCGGCCGCAGUUUUUUCUUCCAGCUGCCCGGGCAGGCUGCCCGGGAAGAUUCGUCGCUUCUUUCCAGAAUUGAGGGAGAGGAGGUGGAUGGGGAGGAGGAGAGGGGGGACGGUAGCAGAAGUAGGGGAGGGAGCACAGAGCCGAGAGGAGUAGCGGGGAGAAGGGGGGAGAUGGAAGAGAUGGAGAGGGAUAUGAGUGUGUCAGUGGGAGGUGGUGGUGCUGACAGGGCAGGUGAUGGAAAGGAAGCCAGGGGAGGUGUGGGAGUAUGGGGAGGAGCAGCAAUCCUGGCUGCUGGAGCAACAGGAGGAGCAAGAGGAUGGGGAGGAGAUGCGCAGGGGAGGCGAAUGGAGGAGUAUAAUGAUGAUGACUUCUCUCCCUUCCAGUCAUGCACGCCCACAUCAGCGCCAGCAACGGCUGCUGCUGGUGGCGGUGGUGGUGCUAGUGCUGCUGCCGGUAGCAGCGAGCCAGGCAAAAGAGAUGGAACUGCGGGGACUGGGAGGACUGAUUUGAUUCAGGCGCAGGCGCAGAUGCAAAGACAGCCACAUGUGCAGGCACAGUUGCAAGGGCGGGGGAUAGGGGAUGGGGGGGAUGGAGCAAAGGGAGGACCGGGAGGCCGGGGAGAGGAGGAGAGGAGGAGUGAAGCAGAGAGUGCCAACAGCUCGUGGGCGUUCAGAGAGGAGUUCUUUGACGGGAGUGCAUGGACAGGUGCGGCAGACGCAGAUGCAGGGGCGGGGUAUGGGUAUGGGGCUGGGGCUGGGGAUGGGAGGCAUGCGGCAGCGAGCAUGGGAGGGCUGGGAGCAGAGGCGAGUAGGCUGCAGCAGCUGAAGGUGCAGCUGAGGGAGCUCGAGGCACGGCUGCUGCAGCGAGGUGCUGACGUCGGUGCCGGUGCUGGUGCUGGUGCUGGUAGGGAGGGGGGAACUGGUGCUGGUGCUGGUCGGGAUGGCAAGGUGGGAAGGGAAGGAAAUGUGGGUGGCAGUGGUCCUGCUGCUCCUGGUGCUGCGGGUGCUGCUGCUGCUGCUGGCACGUCAGCAGCAGCAUCUCCCUCCAUGGAGCGUGAGGCGCCCACGCAAACGUCCCCUCCCAAGGCACCGUCCAUCUUCCACCGCCUCUUUCACUCCUCCUCCUGGACCCUCCCCUCCUCCGCCUCCUCCUCCGCUGCUGCUGCUGGGGAUGGUUCUGCUGCUGCUGCUGCUGCUGCUGCUGCUGGUGUUGCUCCCGCUGGUGCUGCUGGUGGUUCUACUGCUGCUGCCGCUCCUGGUGACACAUGGAGUGUGGGAGGGGGGAGGGGAGGGCCGGACGGCAGCAGCAGUGGGGGCCUGGACGAGUGGGAGGGGAGUGAUGUGACGAGCCGGGCGGGGGAGGGGGAGAGGCAGGAGAAGAGCGUGAUUGACCAGUCUCUGGAGCACAUUCGAGAAGGCGGUGCGGACGCAUGGAGAGGCACGCAGCUGCUGAGCACAGACGUGGCAGUGGCAAUGAAGAUGCUGCAGCGGGCAGCACUCGGGCAGCCCCUGACUGACCGGGAGGCCAAAGUUUUGAAGCGCACGCUGACUGACGUGGCAUCGGUGAUCCCCAUCGGCGUCCUCAUGCUCAUCCCGAUGACGCCUGUGGGGCACGCAGCAGUCCUAGCAGCCAUUCAGAGAUACGCCCCGCACCUUUUUCCCAGCUCAUACAACGAGGAUCGCCUCGAUGCAGCCCGCCGCCUGGAGCAGGUGCAAUCAUUCGCUUCGCUUCGCAAUGCAGCAGCAGCAGCCGCCGCCACUGCUUCCGCCUCCUCCUCCCAUUCCCCCUCUCGUGCCGCGACACUUGGCGGCACCGGAUUGGCUGGGAUGAUCUCCGCUGCUGUCACUGGUGCGGCCAAUGCAGGCAGUGCUGCUGCUGGCAGAUCACCCCAUGCCAUACCUCCUCUGUCUGCCUCGGCUGCUGCGGCAAUUUUGGCGCGAGAAGCGCAACCGGAAGCCAUAGUUCGGGUGCCGAAACAGCCUGAAGAGGUUGAGUCGCCUCCAGGCACACCCCCGAAUGAGGUGGAGCUUAAUGAUGGGGAGGAGGGGCAGGCUAUGAAGGUAAUGAAGCGGACUGCGGCACUUGAGGCAGAGUGUUUACCUUAA